UUUGAAAGCAUUCUGCUUGAUGGUUCUUCUUUGUGGAAUUGCAAUACAAGAAACUCUGUAGUAGACAGUCUGCACUGAACUUUGUGCGAGAUUAAUUGUAUUUUAUUGUAUUGUAGAAUUACGAUGUUCCUUUUCAUCACGUAAGUACCUUUGUACGAUUCUGUUAUCAUGUUGAUGAAUCAAAAUCAAGCUCUCGUGUCCUUGGAGAAUGACCCCGACUACAGAAAGAAUGAGGAUUCAACAUCGUCCUCUACCUCGCCUUCGUCUUUUCUCCCUAGUACCAGUCAGCUGAAGGGCCUCGCUACAGGUGUUGCUGUUAUCGCCUUCGGAGGUGCUGCUGGCGUCUACGGCUUUCGCAGAAAACGACAACAACUUCUCCGUGAAUUUAACAAAUCUACUGGUGCACCCGCCCCCGUAGGACUAGGAGAUAAUACCAUCUCCGCAAGAGGAAGAGGUAGUUGUAUGACUGCGGUAGUGGAUCAUCAGGUUCCGGGUGUACUAGCUUCACCAAACUGCUACGGCGCCAGUGGGAACCAGUUACAAGGCUGUGUAAAAAAGCAGGAGGCUCAGCAUCUACAACAAGGAGGUCAUCUCCCAUCAUCAACAUCAUCUGUGGCGGACGGUACACGUACAGCUGGCACAGGUAACCUUGCAAGAGCAGGCAAGCUUCCUCCUUAUUUAAACGACGACUUUGACGACGACUGUGAUAGCAUGCUUUUCCCAGCUCUCAACCAUUCUGUGGAGCACAAGUUUCUCAACAAGAGGCCACUACAUCGUCCCUUACGUCCAGAGGAUAUACGCGUGUCAUCCGUACUGACUCCAGGUGAAGUCGCAUUUCUAUUCCUCGCGCCUGCCACUUAUGACGAUGUAGACCGGUUUUUCAUUUUCAUUUUGUACAUAUUGAACUAAAACAAAGAACUCUUGGUUGUCAAAAGGGUGAAAAAAUCUACAACAAGUACUUCUACUAGUUUUCAUUUACAGUAAUACAACCUUCACCUACCGGAAUGAAACACAAAAACUAGUACGUUCAGCGUAAGUUGUCCUUAUCAUUUCCUAUUCCUCCAGCCUCGUGGUCUUCUAAGUCACCUUGCUGGGUGGUUGUUUCGGCCUUACCGCCUUGACGUUUGGGUACAUCACGGGUGCUCGCACAUUUGAUGAGUUUCGAAGAGAAUGGAAAUUUGCCAUGUCCUAUGAUGUCACGAAAGCCGUAUGAACAUGUAGUUGAUGAUGAUGUUGUGACAUCAUAGAUUUUUUAAGUGUAGGUCUUCUUCUUUCCGAUUCAGAUAUGAGACUCGUGACGACCAUGGAUGUUGGCUUUGGCAAUAGAAACGACUGAGGACCAGAACGUCUGUUCAUUCAAUGGGCCUCUGGUUAGAGCAGGCGCACAAGCUGUUGCUGUAGUGGGUGACGUCAGGAAAAUGGAUGAAACUUGCAUUGCUCCUUCUGUCGCUUCUGUACUACUUGGGUGAGCGUAUACAACAUAUUACAGCUGAAAAGAUGAAGACAG